AUGGCAUUGGCGACCAAACACGAUCUCGAUUCCUUGAGGAACGAACUUCUGUGUGCCAUUACACGUGCUUCUCAAAUUCUGGGUCCAGUAAGUUGUUAAUAACUAAACUUUAAUGAGGUAUACGUUUCCAUGGUAGUUGAUGUUUGAUUAUCGAUUUUUUUCAGGAAUUUGUUCAAGAAAUCACGAAUGUUGGGCGAAAGCGACCGAUCCCCAAUUCAACAGAUUUCCAGGCCAAACGAGCCAGAUUAAUGUAAGGUUGAGUCGGUGUUCGGAGGGAGCUGAUAUUCAAUAUUGAACUGAACUUGAUUUUGCGAGAUUCUGUUUGGCCUUGAACAUGGAUUUGUGGCCAAAAGCGGAGGUUUUGGGCGUUUAGCGGGUUUUAGGAAUGGCUGUGUUAAUAUCGAGACAUUUUUGGUUUUGAAAGGUUGAAACGGCUUUUGGAAGAGCUAGGUUAGAUGUUAGAGGAUAUUUUUUACCAUGCUAUAGCUUAUCUUGAUUGAACUUGCUUAGGAAUGCUAAAAAAGCAUUACUUUUUUUAAAAGUUGAUGUUGAGCAAGUGUUAUCAGUUUUUACGAACAACAUAGGCAAAAAACUUUAAGGGUGGUUCUGUUUAAUUAUAUCGGAAUGAGCAGAUUUUUGGGUAUCUAAAGAGGCCAGUUUUAUUUGGAUUUGUUUGGAUGAACAUGACUUUUGAAUAGCUUUCAUGGACGACAUUAAUUUUGGCAAAAUUUUUAUGUUUUCAAGUCAUUUUUUUUGCAAAAGUUGGAAAUAAAGCGCAUAUACAUGUUGUUUAGAUAACGCAUGCUCUGUUUAUGCAGUUUGAGCUUUCUUGAGGUUUUAGUUACUAUAAUAACAUAAAAAAAGAGAUUUAUCCUUUUGAAGUUAGCUUUCUUUAAAAAUUAGUCUUCUGGAACUUAGCAAGGCUAGUAUAACUAACCUAAAGUGAACUAUAGGGUCUGAGCGCUGCUAUCAUAAAGUUGGGUUUGCAAAGAUCUAAUCGGAGCAUCUUUGCAGACCUGGAUUGGAUAAAGGCACUCAGACCGACGAGGAAAGCCCGCUACCUCUCGAAGUUUUCAAUAUUGUAUUCCGCUUCCUGAACCGGGAUGACUUGGAUCGGUGCCGGCUGGUGCGCAAGAGCUGGAACGCGCUGAUCCGACGAACUCCGGUUCGAUACCCACGACGUCCGAUUAAUCUGUUGAAGUUGGUGUGUAAGGACAACAUUGCCCAUCUUUCAGCGACCUCGGGCCGCAAACGCAAGGAGUUCGCUUUUCCUAAAGAGGACAUGGAACAAGGGUAAGGUUUUGUUAUUUUAUUGUUUUUUAGGUGAAGUAAGGGGUGGUAAUUGUUUUUUUGAGAAGAGAAAGCUAGAAGUAUGGUCAGAAAAUGUUUUUUUGUUUGAAAAAACAAUGUUUCCUUUAUAAAUCAUCUACUUUCAGGCUCAACCUCUAUGAAACCCUUCGUCGUCUUCUCAAAAACGCCUCAGUCAAACGAUGGGUUAUCCUGAACGUGCAGUUAACCGAUGAGAUCGUGGGGAAGCUUCACGAUGCUGUGAUGAACAACAAUCUUGAUGUUGUCCGAGUCGAAUUUUUAGCAAUGAAUCUCAGCAACGUUUCGGAUCUGGCCUUCCACAAGCUGAUUGGCACCACAAUCCCAGCUUCACAGUACUUUUUAGAAGCCAUCCGAGGCGCGAGACCAGAACACUUUGACAAAAGGCUGAUGGAACAGGAUACGGUACGAAGGGCUGAUGACUUUACCAUCUACGACGUUGAGAGUAACACUGAUAUUGAUAUGCAGCUGGAAAUUCGGGAUGAAGUCGUGCUGCAACAUAUUUUUGGAGGUCCAGAUACACCGAUUAGGAAUAGCUUGUACAUCGACAGUCCAAACGUGACCAAUUUGUUCGUCAAGGAGAUUUUGAGUGUAAGUUUUUGAUAUUGUAGUAGUUUGAAUGUUUCAAAGCUUUUGUUUGAAAAGUUAAAAUUUGCAAAAGUAAAACAUUUUUCAGGAUUAAAAGUUUUAUAAAUGCGAAAAAAUUAAUGGAUUUAUUUAAAUUAAGGUUUAAAAUUUGAUUUAAAAUUCAAUUUUUCAUGAAAAAAUCUUAUUUUAGAGGUUCGUAACCUCCCAGACAAUCUUCCGCAUGGUAAAUCACGUGGAAAUCGCCCACUGCCAAGACCAGAUGAUAAACGAGUAUCAAGGAGGAGACAUAAUAAAGGAGUACGAACACAGCAUUCAAGUGGAAUAUAGCGCCAGAAACCGAAAAACCGGUCGAUUACUUGAAGUUAGGAUAUCGAGAACCUCUGAAGUUGAUCUGUUUUGUCAUGUCACAAUGAACAUCUUAAACGAUGUUGUAUGA